UUUCAUACCAAUAUGAAAAGCAAAAAUUGUUGCCAUGAAGUUCAACAAGAUGAUAAGUUUUGUAAACUGUGUGGUAAAAAAGUUGAAUUAGAAGUCAAGAUGAAAAAAUGUCCAAGUUGCAACUCACUUCAGCACACUCAUGAGCCGAUAUGUACUAAAUGUAAUGUAAAGAUGAUUAUGUGCAAAGGGAUGAAAGAUGAUGGCAGUAGUUGUGAGACUUUAAUGGCAAUUACACAACAAUUCUGUAACCAAUGCGGCACUGAGAAAGUUGAAGAUGCUGAUGUUGCUGAUGAAUUGGAUGGUAGUGAACAUUCAAAGCUUACUGUCAUUUCCAAAGAAGCAAAGAAUACACAAGAAUAUAUUAAGUCUGAGGAAGAUAUUCCAAAGGAAAGUCUAGCAACAGGCUUAGCUGUAAUCUGCAUACAUACUACUUUUAAAAACAACCCAGUUAAAUUGAGAGAAAGACCUAGUGGUCCAAAAGAUAGAGAUUUGAUGGAGAGCAUUUGGAAUGUAUAUGACUGUAAAGUUCUUCCAUUUAUGGAUGAAGAAAGUAGCUUUUAUGAUACCAAAUUAGAAAAAAUGAUUCAAGGGCAGUUAAAGGUCAUGCCAAAUGUAAAGUAUUUAGUAGUUAUUUUGAGCACCCAUGGAGAUGAAAGACCAGAAAAAGAAAGAGACGAUACUCUGCAUUAUCAACAUUACUUUUUCACAAAGGAUGGUCAGUUUAAAACUCAAGAUCUUAUGACAAAGAUAAAUGGUAUAAAAGAAAUACAGGAAAAAAUGAAAUUAUUUUUCAUACAGGCAAGUUUUAAUACUGCAGUUAUGGUUUGUGUAAAUACUCUUACAUAG